UGGUGGCGGGGUGGCGGCCGACGGGCGGCCGGUGACGGGGGGAGGACGGCGCCGCCUCUUGCUCUUGCUCCUGCUCCUCCUCCGCCCGCGCGAGAUGGGGGCGGCGGCCUGACGGGCGGGGGCGGCGGGCACCGGGGCGGAGGACGGCGAUGGGGCUGCUCCUGCUCAUCGUGGCGUCGGCCGUGGCCGGCUCCUUCCUCACGCUGCUCGCCCAGUUCCUCGUGCUCUACCGGAGGAAGCCGGAGCCGCCGGCGGGGGAGGCGGCGGCGGGCGGGGGCGUCCGCUACAGCCCGCCGGGCCCGGGCCUCCUCCUGCGGGACUACCUCUAUGGCGGCGGCGGCGGAGGCGGCGGCGGCGGGGGCGAGGAGGCCGCCGAGGCCCCCGAGGGCGGCGCUCCCGGCCCGGCCGACGCCGCCGACGCCCCCGGCCCGGAGACCUGCUAUUUCCUCAACGCCGUGUUCCUCUUUCUCUUCCGCGAGCUGCGGGACACGGCCCUGGUCCGCCACUGGGUGACCAAGAAGAUCAAGGUGGAGCUGGAGGAGCUGCUGCAGACCAAGACGGCGGGCCGGCUGCUGGAGGGGCUCAGCCUCCGCGACGUGUCCCUGGGGGACGCCCUGCCCCUCCUCCGCACCGUCCGCCUGCUGCGGCCCGUCGUGGCGGCCGCGCCCGACGGCGACGACGAGGGGGACGAGCCGGGCUGGCCGCCGCCGCCGCCGGGCUGGCCUCCGGGCUCGCCGCCCCCCCCGCCCGCCGCCCCGCCGCCGGAGGAGCUGAGCUUCGAGGUGCAGCUGGACUACACCGGCGGCUUCCACCUGGCCAUCGACGUGGACCUGGUCUUCGGCAAGUCCGCCUACCUGUUCGUCAAGCUGUCCCGGGUGGCCGGCAAGCUGCGCCUCGUCUUCACCCGCCUGCCCUUCACCCACUGGUCCUUCAGCUUCGUGGAGGACCCGCUCAUCGACUUCGAGGUGCGCUCGCAGUUCGAGGGCCGCCCCAUGCCCCAGCUCACCUCCAUCAUCGUCAACCAGCUCAAGAAGGUCAUCAAGCGCAAGCACACUCUGCCCAACUACAAGAUCAGGUACAAGCCAUUUUUUCCAUUUCAAGUCUUGCCGGGACCCGGGGAGGUAGAAGACAGAGACCUCCACGUACAAGAAUGGGCACUGACAGAAGGACGGCUUAAGGUUACAUUAUUAGAGUGCAGCAGGUUACUGAUAUUUGGAUCCUAUGAAAGAGAGACAAAUAUUCAUUGCACACUUGAGUUGAGCAGGGGUGUUUGGGAAGAAAAAUCAAGGAGCUCUAUUAAGACGGCUGAAUUGAUUAAAGGGAACUUACAAAGUGUUGGACUCACACUUCGUCUGGUCCAGUCAAUUGAAGGAUAUGCAGGGCACGUUACGAUCGAAACAGUGGCCCCAAAUUCACCUGCCGCAAAUGCGGACCUCCAGCGGGGAGACAGACUCAUAGCCAUUGGAGGAGUUAAAAUCACGUCAACGGUGCAAGUCUUAAAACUCAUCAAGCAGGCCGGCGACAGAGUGUUGGUGUAUUAUGAAAGACCAGCUGGGCAAAGUCAACAUGGUGCAAUGCUUCAGGACAGCUUUGGACAGUUAGAAGACUCUCCUUUUCUCCCCCAACCGUGCCCACCAAAUUUUGAAGAAGAAACAGCGGGAGUUGCCACAGAUGGUGAUAACAGGGACCUGGAUUCCGAAUUUGAAGACUUGGCCUGCGAUGCCAAGACACCCAGUGAGCCCAGAGAAGAAGUCGGGUCAGUGAUAAAUCCCAGUCCCAAACGCACUGUAUCAACAUUUGCUGCUAAGCCCCUUGGAACCAUAUCUCCAAUUUUAAAUCGCAAAUUAAAUUUAGGAAGUCACCCAGCGGUCGCAAAGACCCAACCGAAAGACGGAAAUAAACCCUUAGCACCCAAAGUUUCUGAAUAUCAAGACACGGCCCAACAGUCAAUAAAACCACCUGCAGGAUCCACUGUUAAACCCCCCGUGCCACCAAGACCACAGGUUAAAUUUACGAUUGCAUCUUCCGAUCCCCAGAGUCAGACAGAGGCAGGAGACUUACCCGUUGAAAAACCAGAGAGGCCUUCUCCUUCUCCUCCUCUCCUUCCUCCUCCUCCUCCGCCGCCGCCGCCGCCUCCUUCUCCUCCUAAUGGGGAUAAGCCUGCAGAAAGAUUAGUAAAAGGCCCAGAUCAAGCGGAAGAUGCAGCCAUGGCAAAACAACCGGCAACAAAGCCAGAACUGGUAAAAGACUUGAUCUCCGAAAGUUCAGCUAGUACUAAGGACAGUUCAGAUGAUCAUCGGACGUGGGAAUCAUCCGAAGUUCCUUAUCGCAAUAAGCUAGGUAAAUGGACAAGAUCCAGGGCGACUUGCGUAUUUGACGUAGAAGGCUCUCAUAGGUACCUCAACGUUGCACUGUGGUGCCGAGAUCCUUUCAAGAUGGGGGGCCUCAUCUGCUUGGGACACGUGAGCAUAAAACUUGAAGAGAUCGCCUUAGAGUGCUUGGCUACGUCCAACAUGGAAUACCUUACGAAAUUCAGAUUGGAUGCCCCGGUGCCGAAAGCUAUAGUCAGUAGAACUGCCCUGCGAAAUUUGAGCACUCACAAAGGAUUCAAUGAAAAAUUCUGCUACGGUGACAUCACUCUGAAUUUCAAAUAUUUGAAAGAAGGAGAGUCGGAACUCUCGAGCACUCUGAUGGAGAAAGAAAGGGAAUGCAGUCUGAUAGACGAGGCUUCGGCAUUUCAUAAAGAGGAACCCUAUGCUGGCCCGAUGGCAUUUACCGAAAACAAACACAGUUUCCAGGAUACUCAGUUCCAGAACCCUACGUGGUGCGACUAUUGUAAAAAGAAAGUUUGGACUAAAGCGGCAUCCCAGUGCUUGCUCUGUGCUUACGUCUGCCAUAAAAAGUGUCAAGAAAAGUGUCUCGCAGAAACACCGUUGUGUAUGGCAGCUGAAAGGAGACUGGAGCGAAGCUUAGGAAGCUUUAGGCUGGAAGGACAGGAACCUGCCGUAGGUCCGGCCUCUCGGACCGACGGCGAAACGAAAUCGGUGAACAAAACCACAGGGUUAACGAGGCACAUCAUCAACACUAGCUCCCGUUUGUUAAACCUGCGUCCAGUCCCCAAGGCGCGCCUUGCCGAGCAAGGAACCGAUCUGGCCGAGCCCUCACCAAAGCACACUCCGAACACUUCCGACAACGAGAGCAGCGACACUGAAGUCUGUGGUUCAAAUAGCCCUUCCAAACGAGCGGGCAACACAGGAAUCAAGCUAGUAAGGAAGGAAGGCGGUCUGGAUGACAGCGUCUUCAUUGCCGUUAAAGAAAUCGGUCGCGAUCUCUACAGGGGAUUGCCUACGGAUGAGCGGUUCCAGAAGCUGGAAUUCAUGUUGGACAAACUGCAGAAUGAAAUAGACCAGGAGUUAGAACACAAUAAUUCGCUCGUUCGAGAAGAGAAGGAGACAACGGAGCCGAGGAAAAAAUCCCUCCUUUCUUCCGCGUUGGCUAAGUCAGGCGAGAGACUGCAGGCUCUGACCCUCCUCAUGAUUCACUAUAGAGCGGGCAUCGAGGAUCUCGAGUCUUUAGAAAACGCACCCGUAGAUCAGCACUCCAGGAAGACGAGUAAACACCCAGAGGACACGGGUAGGGCGGAAGACCCCGAUCAAGAAGAUGGCCAAUUGGUGGAGCCUCCGCCAUUCAGCAGUAUAUCAGAAGAACUGUUUGCCACAUCUGAAUCGGUGUAGUUGGUUAUUUACCUAGUUAGCCUUCGGAAUAAUCGAGCGGGAAUAAUCGAGAGAAACUUGUUGUCCUUUCUGAAGUAACAUUGGCGGAAUCCACCUUUAAACACUGGUAUAAUGUCCGUGGCUGGAUUCUCCGGUAUUGCCUAGUUAAGAGUAAAGGGUCGGAGGUUCUUUUCCAGCUAAAGUGGGAGCACUUGGUUAAAUCGUUUGAUUCAGGUUGCAUUAUGACUAAGCUUUUUGGGUUUUUACUGGGAACUUAUUUUUACUAAUUUAUUUUUAACAUUUUCUAAUUAUGUAAGCUAGCAUUUCACGUUGUGGUAUGUGUGUGAGGCAUCUCUUCCGCUUUCUGAAUUUCCGUUGAAUAGGUGACUGUCAGGAUUCUCUAAGUAUUUUGGUUUUCAUCAUGGUGAUAGUUUUGAAUGUGCUGCAUGCUCAGGUGGAAAAUUCAGCAAUCAUCGAGGGAACAGAAUGUGCAACUUUAGCGUGUUAACGUUGGUUUGCCCUUUAUUGAUCGUGUAUUUCUUUUUGCCAAUAAUGUAUCAUGACAGCAUUGUCUGUGGCAAGGAUUUAGUAAAGCUGUUAUUACAUACCACCCAUUGCUUGCUUUCUGUACUUCUGUAAACAGUUUUUUUGGUUGUUUUUUCAAUCGUUGCUUAAACCGAAGCACGGUAGUUUUUUUACAAAAUGCCCUGCUUCCAGCACGGGUUAUUUGAAUACUGAAUAUAAUGGGAAUGAUACUGCUCAUCGCUUUUGGUCAGGAGCUUACCAGCAAGUUUACCAAAAUGGCCCUAGAAACAAAACAAAACAAAUGAUAGCCAAUGGGAUUGCCGGUCGACUUUGCUGAAGAGUCUAACCGUUAAACAACAUUUGAAGUGUGUGAAAUGUAUAGGCUUUUAAAAAUCAUAUGCUCUCCAGAGGAAAAAAAAACGUGUUCGAGGAGACUUAAAAUUUAUAAAGACUAGUCAUGACCAUUACUGGAAUUUGUUCUUGUCUGUAAACAUUUUAUGAUACUGCACAGUAUUGUGAGAAACAGGAUGCAUCAGAUUGUGGUGCAGAGCUUCCCCUGUCAUCCUGACUCACAAAUUGCAUUCCCACCAAAGGAAUGACUGUCUGGCCAACAUCUUGUCUGUUGGUUCGGUAUGUCGGCUUCUGCUCAUAAACAUAGUGGUACAAGAGGCACGGGAAGAAUAGUCUUUGCAUCUGAUAGAUUGGCCAGAAGUUACGGAUGACGUGACUGCAUUACCGAAGGGAGAUGUUCGCGCAUUAUCUCUGUUGGCAAACUGUAAGAUGUGGCCCUGUACGGACACACAAAUAUAUAUGCAUAGUUCCUUUCCUAUUAUAGGUACUGUUAUUUAAAAAAAAGUGAUGAUAGAAAGUAGCAGUUGUGAUGUGGCAACUAAAUUCAAACUUCAACAGAUUGUUGAUAUGCAGCAUCUAUUUGCCCACUAAGACAUUACGGAAUAAAAAGCAAAACUAUGAAGGAAGAAAAAUCCUCGUACUACUCUUUGAAAAUUAACAGGCGCUUCACUCAUGCAGCUAUUUCAACGUUUUGCAGACUAUUUAGGACCCUUGAUACUUGCUUGGCUGUGUGUGAAAAGAUAUUCAAGCAGAAAAAUCAAACCGAAAAAGCAUGUUCUACAUUUAAAAGAAUUAUUGCUUCAGCAAACAUUUACAGAAAAUAAAUUUCCCUGAAAGCCGAAAACCCUGUAAAUUACUCAAAACUACCUGCUUGAUUGACUAAUUCUGCCCUGUGUAAUUUCAAAGCUCAGCUUACCAUUAGUGCAGGACUGAGUUUCCGAUAUUGGCUGUUAAUUAUCGAUCACCAUGGGAAUUUUUAAUGAUAGCCACAUAACACCAUCUAAACUCUACCAGAUAUAAGCUGCAGAAAUAAUGCAAAACUAUGGUUUUGUAAAAACCCAUUCAUGUUUUAAAAGUGUUUAACUCUGUAGUAUAACGACUAUGAAAAGCUAGAUAAAACUUAUUUAUAUAAUGCUGCUAAUAAUGUUUCUAAGAUGUACACUUAAUGUAGGUAAAUAUUUUUCUAUACGUUGGGGUGGGGGGAGAGUAAAAACAGUUGUCCUUUUAGAGAAAAGGGAAGGAAAAUCCAACUAGUUCCAGGAAUUUUGCUCCAGAGGGAGACGUGGUGAUACAGUAUAUUACAUUCCCAAUGUAAUUUUUGCCUUCAUUGCUAUCAGUAGCUAAAAGAAGAAAGACUACCAUAGAAAAUACAAGCUUCUUUAUUUUACCUAGACAGUUGGUGGGUGUUACAGAAUUGUAAAGAAUUCUGCCUGGUGUGAUUGUCAUGAAAAUGAGCAUUAAUAAAAAGUCCAGUUGCACCAAACAGUGUUUUUUUUAAAUUGCUGUCUAAUCUCUGAAGUAUUUGAGGAUUUAUGCUUAUGACUUCACUAAACUAGUGAUGAGAUCAUUUAAAAGGCAUGCUGUUCAAUUUGAAAAAUUCAGAGGGAAUAGAAAGCUUUGAGUCUCCUAUAAUAUAUGUUUAAUCUUCGGAUUUGAAACGUUCGCAAUUUAUUCACUAAUACUUCCAAAUUGUUCUUCUCUGAAGACAGUAGUAUGGCACCCUAGUCAUCUCCAUCAAAUUAAAUUGCAUGUUACAAGGGUGCUUGUGAUUUCAAGAAGAGAAAAUAUUUAAAAAUGCAGGACCUCCCGAUUUCACAUUACUGUAAGCAAGGUGCCGUGGGUAUUUGAGCCAUUUUGGAUAUUAAUGCACAAGGAAUAUCUGCAUUGCUUUUGAGGAACGGUUUUAAAUGUUUUUCAUAAACCUCAUCAUUUUCAUGAAUUCAUAAAUGUUUGGUUCCUGCCAUUGCAAUCACAAUAAAAAUCUAAUUCAAUAAGA